AUGGCAUCAGAGGAUAGAGAAUUAGAACUGGAGGACGGGGAAAUAAACGAUCUCGAAGAUGGUGAAAUAGACGAAGAUGUACCUUCGGCAAGGGAAUCAAAUAACAACGAUUUGUAUCUCCUAACACAUCGUCAUGAUCAGUACUCGACACGCGAGCAGUACUCGAGCGAUAACCCAUUUGAAACGAAGAUUCGUGAUUUUGGAUUUCAACAAUUUAAUCCUCCACCUGAUCGGUGGGAAACGCGAGGUGGAUCUUUCGGUUCUUUUCGCGGAAGAUUUUCUCGACAAAGAGGCCGGGGAAGAGGGAAAGUAUUUCGCGGAAAUGGACGAGAAAAGACUUAUCCCACGAGAAGAGGAAAUAUGCGCAGACGUAUCCUUAUAAUCAUUGAAUUUUUUCUUUAUGUGUGUGAGUGUGUUUGUUUCUUUUUGUCGUAAAGGGUGGGUACUCGAAUUUAUUAACGAUUUAAAGAUACAUAACCUGACUGUGCAAUGACGUAUUAAUCAAUUAGGUCAGUUUCCCAUUAUGUGAUUUUGGGAUGCUGGGUUCCUUGCUCGUGAGAUUGCUGUUUUUGGUGGAGAUCGAUUACAAAAAGGAAUUGAAACUGUGAAUAGAGAGUGUUGGAGUCCUUGAACAAAACAAAACAAAACAAAACAGAACAAAUAUUACACAAUACAAACCAGAAAACGUUUAAUAUUUUUGAUACUUGAUAAAUACUGAUCACUAUCAUUAUCAGAAAUUGUGCCAAUCCAUUGAUUACUUUCUGAUUAGUUAUCAGUUGUAUCAAUCAUCAAUAGGAAGCUUUUGCUUUCACAAAUUUUUUUCAACAGAUAUGGAGACUGGUAGACCCCUUAGCGAAUGCAAUCAGGUGUCCUUACUAAGCGUUACCACAAAUGCUUGACUUCUCAUUAAAUGAAAAAUGAAUGAAGGGGGUAUCUUUUUAAAGACAUUGCGACGCUGCACCAGUGGAGGAAAAUGAAAAAAAUAAUAAUUUGGUUUUAUCAACUGAGUUGAUAAUGUAAUUGACCACAAUUAAGAGUUUCUAAAGGCGACAUUUUGGGUAUUAGCCCUUCAUCAGUGAGAAAAAUGAAUGGCUUACACUCAAAACAACAGCUAAAGAAAUUCUUUACAGCAGUAAACUUACAUAAUCAACUUAUUUUAUAAAGACAGAUUAUGUUGCUCUCCCUAAACUGUAAUGUAUAUAGUGGAUUGGUAAAACUUUCCCUAUUUCUAAAUUGGCCUACCAUAAAGUGCACAUGAUAACUUAACAAUAUUUGAAAAAUAAAAGACAAAUUGUUCCUUUUUUUGAAUUGGCUACCACUUUAAAAAAUUUAGGAGCCUAGAGGCUAUCAGAAAAAAAAUUAAUUUCACGCCCUGCAAGUAUCUGUGCCUUGGGGGAAAGUAAAGUGAGAAGACGUCAGUUGCUUUUUGGAAACUGAAACAUUAUAGGAUAAAUUUGACUUAAACUGAAAAUACGACAACUGAAGACUAACACUAUGAAAACUGAAAGACAACAGAUGAUGGUGAUCCAUAAUCUUAUAAACAUUUCUUAAAAACUGUGUAAACAUUUGCUCAAAAUAAUACAAGGAACAGUUGGCUUGUCUCUUCUUGAAGUUAGUUCUUAAGGUGCAGUAUGUAUGGCAAAUUAAUCAUUUUUAUCAGAAAAAAAAAUUAUUUUCCAAUUCAAAUUUCAGCUUGAUUGAGUGAUGUUAUUUGUUGUCUGGGAUUGCACUAAUAUCUAUUCAUCUAGAUAGUAGAACAACUAUAAAUCAAACUAGUUUGAAACCACUUCACUUGUAAAUUCAUUUUAAUUUGCUACACAUGCAUGAUGUGCUUACUUGAGAUUUACGUGUACGUGUAGUGUUGUGUAUGUUUCUUGUGUAAUUUACAUUAGUUCCUGUCUGUGAUUGUGUAUGUGUGCUAUUGCUGUUGUACUGUUCCUCAGCCUUUGAAAGGAUUGUUCUUUUGUUUCCAAUAUAACAGGGUCUUUCUCAACAACAUAUCUAGGUUUUUCUUAACAACGCCACCUUAUAUAGCUUUUCUUCAAAGACCCAAUUUACCUUAUCCCUUGUCCAUUGAGAGAGCAAGACCUGCAUACCCUGAUGAAAGAUUACCUUCAUAUACAGAGAGUGAAGGAGCAAGAAUCAUAACUCCACUUGAGACCAGACCACGAUCACAACUCGAGGAAAGGAGGCAAAUUUAUUUGGAUACUGAUAGGCCAAGGCUGCCUCGUCCGUCACCUUCAGAGAGACAUGUACAAAGACUGCCUCUAAUGGAGCUAGACGAGAAAUCACAACCAUUUCAGAGAGAGAUGAGUCCAUCAGCUCCUGAUGCCCAUGAAGAACAACCUAGAAGAGUGCCAUCCCCUUUUGAUGAGGAAUUUGAUGAUUAUAGGAUUCUACUACAACGUCAUCGCCUGAUUCAACAACAGCUUGCUGCCCUCGAGAAUCAGGAAAACUCAUCUGCGGGUGAAGACAAUAUCAUUGAUGACACUUUCAUAGAUAUCCCUGUGGAGGAUACAAAAUCUGAUUUGCCAAUAGAAAAUGAAAAUGGCCAUGAAAAUUUUGAGAGUAGGGGACGGGAUACUUUGUAUUUACCUGCUGAUAUGAAUUUGCUACACAUGGGAAGUGGUAACGAAAUGGAUGAUAUGGAGGGAGCCAGUGAGAUAUUGGAUAGUGAACCAACUGCUGAACCAGCACAACCAAAACCAUUUCUCCCUUUUAGAAUAAAACCUCUUUACACCAGUGUGCCUUCGAUCAAAGAAUUAAGCCAGAAAGAUCUGGAACAAAGGAAGGUUAAGGUAGAAGAUUCAAUUGUAGUGGAGAAUAGUAGAGCCGAUGACCUGGAAACUAUGUCAAGAACUAGAGAGAGUGUACCAAUGUCUAAGAUAAGGAAAAAUCGCAGGAAAAGAAAGAGAAAGGUAUUUCAAGGAUCAGUGCAAAAUAAUGUAAACAGUCAAAAGCCUAGAGCUGCUGGUUCUAAUCAAGGCCCACAUGUUGACCCUCAUAAUGAACUGGAGGCAAGACUUAUGUCCCUCGCAGGAAGCUCUGUUUCAGUGGAGUGUAACAGGUGUGGUGUUUUUUUUUAAGACUUGGUUUUUUGUUUUGCUUUUUUUUCGCAGAAGUUAGGCUAAAAUUGUUGCAUAGUAUGCAGAGGUUAUUUUACUUAGUACAUGCAGUCCAAGUACAAAACCUGUGAUGAUAAUGUAAAGGUUUUUUCAAACCUCAUGAAACAAAACUUGACAACAAUCUAGGUUUGCAUUUUAAGUUUGAUUUUGAGAGCCUGUUGAUACAAAUUGACUCCUCAAAUUUCUCUAUGGUAGAAGUAUCAUAUGAGUCAGAUUCAACUGUUUAUAUGGGGAUUUGGAGAAUGUGUAUUCAAUGACUUUGAAACAGAUUCUAGCUGUCUCUUUUUUAUGUUACUUCCAGGGAGGACAUCAACAAGAAACAGGAGCGACGGGAAAGACUUAGGCAGUGGCAGGAAAAGAUGAACACUGACAGGUUUUCUGACCAAAGGAAUCAACAGGGAAACAAAGGGCGCAGUAAAAAGAAGUUGACCAAAUCUGUUAAAGGCAGGAGAAGAAGCUCUGGUGUAAAGUUGGCUGGAACUGAGAUGGAAGGGGACAGAGAUUCACCCUCAAAAGAAGGUGAUCCUGCUUUGUUUGAAAAUGAUGAUUACUUUGAGAUACCUAUGGAUUUGGAGAGUGACUCAACAGGUACGUAUACCUUGGAUGAUUCAUAGUAAAGGUGUGAAUCCCAGAUUAAUGGUGUGACUGUCUUGGUAAGGUAACUGUAAGACUCUAGUUUGAAGUUAAUGUAUUGGCAACAUGAGCAGAAGUCACCACCAGAAUUAAAUUACAUCUUCUGCUUAGGGAGCCAAUUUGUUAUCUUCUUCAACCAGGACAGGUCUUUUUAAGGCUACCUUCUCUUCAACAUUGACAUCCCACAAAUGUGUAUGUGUGUUUGUGUUACUGAUUUAAUUCCUUCAGAACUGCAACCAGUUUGACUUCUUCUUUCCUCUGUUUUUGUAUUGAUUUUUGUAAUCUAAAACAAAGGAAACCAGUUUGCAAAAUUUUUAGUCAAAGAAAAAUGUGAAUCUUGACAAAAGUACCACACAGAUGUGAAUUAGUGAACAAGUAGGUUAAAAGCACUGCCAUGGCAAUCUUAGGGGAAGUGCUUCAUUCUGAAUGAUGUACCACUGACUUUUUAAACCCUUUAACUCCCAGGAUCUGAUUGUUAAUUCUCCUCUCUAGCUGGUAAAUAUUUCCUUGUAAAUUGGUUGCAAGAAUUUGGUGUUAGAUCAAGAUGACAACUUCAACCCUAUAAGUUUGGGUAUUCUCAUUACCUUUUUGCUGGAUAAUGUAUAGAUAUUCUGGGGAGAAGUUACAUGUUAAUCACUUCUGGGAGUUAAAGGGUUAACAAACAGAUGCCAUGUUGCUGUGUGUGUCUGUUCAGUAAUAGAUCACAGAUGAUGUCAAAUUGUGAUGAUAACAAAAAAGUGGCACACAAGGUGCAGCAGAUUAUGUCUCUGAUGUUCUUGUCACAUUUUGACUUCUUCUCAGACUGAUUACAGUACAGACACUGCAGCAUGCAAUCUAUUUUAUUGAUUUGAUUAAAAUGCAAAAUGUUGUUGAUGAUGACAUUGUAUAUGUACUUUUCCAUCUGUUCAGCUUCUCAUAUUAAAAAAUUUAAUUCAUUUUUGUGAAUAAAUUUCCAUUCAACCCUCUACAGAUGGCCCAGCUCUUCCAUUAAUAGAUGAACCAGCAGAAGAUUUUCCCCCACCACCCCCACCCUUAGCUGGUGGAGAAUCAGGUAGUUGCUCAAUUUAAAGCUGACAUUAUGUAUGAUAUGUGAUUGUGCUUUAGGUUUUAAAUCUUCAACUGGGCAUAACUGAUUCUUUAGAUGAUCAUGAAAUACAAAGAAGGAAACUGCUGAUGUGUGUGUAUGUGUGAGCUGACAGCAAUACUUUGUACCACAGGAUAUCUUUACUUUAAUAGAGACAGUUUAUUACUUAACAUGUGUUGAUUUCAUAUAUCAUGUGAAGAGUUAAUUUGAAGAUUUUUUUUUGAAGUUGUUAAAAGGGAAUUUUCUUGUUCUGAUCUCAUGACAACAGCUUCUCUUUAUGUGGAUCCUGGGCAGUCAUCACUUAUGGUGAGUUUUUCUACACUGAGUGUGGAAUUGUAAGAUUAUGAGUAUGUAUCAUGUUAAUCUUGCAUGUCCAUUAUUAGUGUUUUGUUUGUUCAUUUGUUGUUGAGCCAGCUUAUGUUAAGUCAAUUGCUCUCUUUUCAAAUUCCUCUGUCCUCACAUUCUUAAAUUUUAUUACUCCUGUUUACAGAUGUACCCAACAGGAUAUUUCCAGGUAAGUUCUUGGUUUUUUCUUGACUGACACAAAACAUAGAGAAUGUAAAUCUUGAAUCUGAAGAGCAUACUGUCUAAAAGGACAGAAACAGUAUAUUUUAUCCCUGCCCUUAACUUAAUCCCCAGGAAUUUUUUUUUGUACUGAACUUGGGGUAAUUAUUAUUGUAGUUUGUUAUUUGGUGGGCUUUUCUUUCUCCAGGGACUUAUUUUGAUUUUCAGAUCAACUAAACCCUUCAAAUAAGUGAAAAUUAAAACUUGCACAAUUGUUAUACUAUAUGUCACAUUUAUACCCCCUCUGUUAAAAAAAAGAAACUUGAGGAAUUCUGGGAAUUCAUUUUCUACAAAUGACUUCUUUCCCAACAGGACUAUGGUGACUGGUUUGCUGGUUCAGCUCCAUUAAUGGCAGCAGGCCAUGAGGACCAACACUUUCAAUAUCAAGGUCUGUAAAUAUGCUUGCAAAUCCUGUUGUCCAUCAGGCACCUCUCUCCAGUGAGUAACUUAUCUUGACUUUUGGGUUGGUUAUGAUCCAUACUCCAUUUUGAAACUCUUUGAACUUGAGCUACUUUGCAGUUUUGGGAACAAUCUUCCUUGUUUGGCCAUUAAUUUCAAGUUUCAACCUCUAUUAAUAUGGUAGUGGACAGUCCUUUUUUUCCACUUUGUUAGGCAUCAGUUUUUCCUUAAGUGUUUGUUUUUAACCUCUUAUAGUAUGUGUUGACAAUAAUAGACCCAAAAAAAACCUAAAUUGAAAUGAUUUUCAAAGCAUGAGUGUACUUCUCAUGCAGAAGGUUUGAAGUAAAGUGUGUAAUAAACUUUCUUGUAGAAUUUUUGGGCAAGGAGUCACAUCCAUUAGAGGUCGAAAGCACCAAGGAGCUGCCACAGGUUGAUAGUAGGGAUGUUUCAAGUCAAGACAAUUCAGAUGAGGAUGAUGAAGUUGCCCUCAGGGAACAGCUGCUAAAAUCUUUAGCAGUAAAAAGGAAGGCUAAAAUUGAUGCUGGGGUAAAACAUAUUUCAUUAAUUUAUGCAUCUAUCAAUUUGAAUUGAUAAAGGCAACCCCUGAACUUGAACUUUUGAGGAUUGGUUUGCCUAAAUUCUUGGUCCCUGGGGCAAAAGUUGUGUUAAAAUGCAACAAAGAUCUUGAUAGCAGUCUCAUGCUGCUCCUAGUGAAGACUUGUCGUACAUGAUUUUUACACUUGAGCACUGUAACCAUGCUAUGCUACCACAUUGUGUAAUAUGUACUUUUUCAUAUUAAGUACCGUGAAGAAGCUUGCCAAUAUACAACAAAUAUUUUUUACAGUGUACUCUUUUUGGGUGUUAUACAUUUACCUUAAAAUGUAUUUAUACCAAUGACCCAGUAAGUUUAGGAAUAUUACCAAUGUCAGCAAGUCAAAUUUUCCUUAAAAGAGGCAUUUUCUUCAUGUUUUUGUAGAAGGGGGAAGAAUCUGUCAAGAAUGGGUCAGGUUCUAAGAGUCAAAGCCCAAAGGCAUCAAAAAUAACAACAAACACUGUAAAACAAGUAAAACAGCAACAGGAUUCCAGACAGGUAUUAUGAUCAUAUCUCUUAAUGAAUGAAUUUGUGUUUUCCUAAUUUGUUCUUAUUGUGUCUAUUCAAUGUUACAACAUUGGCAGUGCUUUUGCAAUGCAAGGGCAUUGCCAUGAAAUUUUGCUUAAUUUUUGCCAAUUUUGUUUUGUUUUCAUCCCUCCCUUCAUCUCACAUUUUGGGAACUAUACUUUUCAUACACUAGUUUCUUUUCUUUUGUAAUUGUAGUGUGCAUGCAGGUUUGUCUGAGUUUAAUUGCCAUGGUAACUUUGUAGCCAUUAAGGAGAUUGCUGCCUUGUUUUGUUCCUACCUUUAUGGCACCUACCCAUCAAUACUUCUGCCUAUGUUUUUAAAGUGAAACAUAUUUUAUGCAUGCUUACAAAGACAUUAAUCAUGAUCCACUCAAACAUAGCAGGGCUAUAGUAAGAGGCUUUGAACCCUCAUAAAUGUCAAAUAAUGAUAAAAAUGUUGUCUUCUAUAACUUAUACUCCAUACUUACAUGUAACCGUAAGGCUUUGUGUUACAGGUGAACAAUUAAAGAAAAUGAGAACUAAUGUUGAAAAUGUGUAUCAUUUUUAUGUUUCUCUUCUUCUAUGUGGAUGUAGGUGGCAUUUGUUGCUCCUCCUAAACAUGACCCUGUGGUAAUUAAGCUAGGAGAGGAUUCUGACAGUGAUGAAUCUGAUGCAUCUGAUACAGAAUCUGUCAAAAAAUCUGCCCCAAACAAGAAAAAAUCUGUCGGUGGAGGCAUAUUUGGAGGACUGGAAAUGAUGAUUAAGGAAGCCAGGAAGUCUGCUGAGGUAAAAAACUCUAUUGAUUUUUAUUAGCACCUUAAGCUUUUGCUCUUUGUUUCUAUGGGUUUGGGUUGGCACAAUAACAGUGAUUUGGUUUGCACAUUCAACUAUGUUGAGUGUAAGUCAAUGUAUCACAAGUAGUAUUUCCUUCUCCCAGCUGCAAAUGGGCACCAGCAAAAUACAAGAAUGUGACCUGCAGUGAAGUUUUUUCCAUCUUGGUGAAUAGCCUUUGUAAUUGUCUCUUCUUGCAUUAGAAACAUGACUGAGUUCUUGCAGCUUUGUGAGUCAAUCUUGUAUGAAAAAAUUUACUUUACCAAUUUGAUGGUAUAUAAAAUUAUGGGGCAACUUUAGUGGUCUGCCCUUUGGUUUAUUUCCACCCACCAAGCGCCUGGCUCAGGAUACCUUUUUUAACUGUCACUUUUCCAUUUCAAGGCCUCUAAAGUGAAAGCAACAGAAAAAUCACAUGCUGGUGAAGGAACACAGAAAGGAAAAACAGACCAUGUGUCACCAGAACCAACCACUCCAGAUGCAAUGGCUCACAUGCCAGAGCAAAUGAAGACAGAGUACAAAAGACUGAAGGAACAACUAGCCUUGCAUGAGAGUAAAACAAGACAGCCACUUACUACUGUUAAUCAGGAAAAAGGUAACUGUAAUAAUGUGACACCCACUUCAACUUCAUAUAACACUCAAGCAAUCAAAAUUAAGCUAAACUAAAAGGAGGUAGGUGUUUGCCUAGUGUUAUUCAUGGUUAAAUUACAACAAUUUGAAAGGGUUUCAAGCAAAUAACGAAGACUAAGCAAACCUGUGAUAGUAUCCCCAUGCAAAGAAGAUUUUGGUUGUUGGGUAGUUAUGUGCACUAUAUUGUUAUGUAUGUAACUUUCUGCUAAUCACAUGUACAGAGUUUGUGGUGACUAUAAUUUGACUGGCUUGAAUUUGAGUUUUGAUAUCUGAAAUCAAUCUUUUCCAAAAAUGCAGACUAGCCCCAUUGAGUAAAGGUAAUUGUAAACAAAUUUGGUUGAGAGGCUUGCUUGUAACAUUAAUGCAGAACAUAAAAACCACAUUUUGUUUUAAGAGGCUGACAACUAAACCUGCUUAUCUUUUCUUCAACAUUAAUGCAGAACAUAAAAGCCACAUUUUGUUUUAAGAGCCUGCCUAUCUCUUCUUCAUAGAAGCCAUGUCACUACCUGUAACACCUGAAAAUGAAGAAAGAAAUGAAAUAAAAGAGGAUGACAGUCAUUUGAAAGAACUACACAGUUAUGUCACUGGUUGUGAAGAGAAUCUUGCCAAACAUAAGUAAGUUGUUAUCUCAAAAUCAGUUGUGGUGCUGAUACAUGGGGGUAGUUUGUAUACAUGAAUUUGAAAUGAUUUAUUCCUUUAACCCUUUCAGUCCCAAGAUAUGAGAGCUUUCCUUUCUCCGUUGACCAGUGCUGAGAAUUUGGUGUCAUAACAAGCCAAUGACCCAUUGUUGAUGAUUCUAUUAUCACUAAUUUAAUAAGAAAAAUCUACUGAUCAGCUCUGAGCAUGAAAGGAUUAAAGGCACUGUUAAAAAUACCCUUUUAAAGCCCUGUCAAGCAAGCUUGAGCCAAGAGCAGAUUCUUACAAGAAUUUACGUUAUCUUUUUUUUCAUAGGAAGGUUAUCCAGAAAGAAAAGGUCACUCUGAAUAAACUGUUGAGUGAGCUUCUUCAGAGAAAGCAUUCUCUUGCGGCUCAAGAGGAAAAUGUGCGAAAACUUCAAAAGGAACUUGAGGCUGCUCAGAAAGUUAGUCUUGCCAAUAAGAUUUUUAUGAAUAAGCUCAGAUCAAGGACAAAGCUGGUCAAAGAUAGACUUGGCAAGAGACAGAUUGCUUCAAGUAGCUUUGAAGAGGAACUCCUCAGAGCCAAAAGUAUUAUUUCAGCAGUGAAAAGGAAAAUGCCCAUGGCAGGGGAAGCAGGGUCUGGGCGAAAUAGCCCUCAAGUGGAAUUGCUGGGCAAUGUCAGCAAUGAAAACCAGAAAUUCACAAUUAGUCCAGCUGCUGCUUGGGAGAUCAAAAACUCACUAGAGGCUAAACUUGAAAAACUGUCCACCUUCACAAAACAGGAAAUAACAGUGAAGAGAAAACUUGAUGUCAGUGAAUCAUCCUCAGAAGGAAUUGUGAGUUCCUGAUAUUGUUAUUUUUAAUUUGUGUUGCAACAAUAAUUAUUGUGUUUAUUGUUAGUGAAGGUAUUGAAGUUUUUGUAUUUGCCUCGUUGGAACUGACAUGUGAUACUGCUUCAAGUUAUUGAACACCCUUUAUUUUCAAGGCAUCUAUUAUUUCAUACAGAUACUUAUUCAAUAGCUGCACUAAUUUCCUUUUCCCUAAAAGGUUGAAUUAAUCAAAUUGAAAACUACUUAGUACAAGUUAUUCAUCUUCAUGUACCAAAUGAAAAAAAAAGGCAUAAAAAUAACAAAAAAUCAACCACUUAAUGGAAAUUAGUCUACCUCAUUUGUAGGUAGCUAUGAGUAAUUUGUCUUAGUCUGUAUACUGUAUGAGUCUAUAGACAGUAGAAGUCUACAGUAGAAGUCCACAUUUUACAUCAUAGAGGGGUAAUUCUGUUUAUCUGUCUUGGUGUAUUGUUAUUCAUCAUGCUUUCUUUCUCCCUCCGUUUAGUUGGCCAAGAAAGCAAAGCAAGUAUUCAAAACACCUCAGGGAAGUCCAGCAAAUUCAGCAACCAAUACUCCAAAAAAAUCACCUGUGGCAGAACGUAUUGCUCAGGAAAAAGCCAGGUUGAAAAAACUUGAGCACGAGCUUUCUGAAAAACUCAAACAGUUUGGAAGAGAACGCGAAGGAGACAGAGGCUCUGCUUUAAAGGCAUCAGGAGAAGUACUUCAGAGUAUCACAGACAGUUCUGAUACCAAGGCAAUAGAGUUAAAGGAGAAGAAACCUAAAGCUGGUACAAGUUGCGAUAAUCCAAGUCAUCAUGAGUCACAGGGACAAGGUUUUGAUUCAAGGGGAGCAAGUGGUCAGUUUCUCCCAGAGGCCACACCUUUUAAAGAUGGCAAAACACCAACAACAUUUGCGUUGGACAUAACUAACCAGCAAUUGGAACACGUGAGAAAAUUGCAGGUAAAUGAUUUAGUUUUAAAUGUCUGUUCUGAUUAAUUUAGGUGGGGUCACAUAUUGGUAAAGUGCCUCAAGAACUGUAAAUGAACACACAAUCGGUACAUUACCUGUGAUCAAAGGUUACCUAUUUGUUUCAAGAAAGGGAUUUCAGUAUGUAUCGGCCCUAGAUAGCGGUAUUUCUUAUCCAUGUAUCAUUAUUUUUUACUUGUUACGUUGAAAUAAUGAUCUAUUUCAUUCACAUAGUAUUAUGAGUUCCAUGGUUCCGUACAGUGGCACGGGAAGAUGAUUUGCUCAUAUAGUAUUGUUGUAUGGUACAUUUGUCUCUCAAUUUGAUCACUUCUUAUAUGGAUCUUGUCAUUUUGACUGUGUAAUGCUAGUCUUCCUCCGACAAUGUCUGAGACAUUGUGUUCUACUACUUGGGUACCACAGUCCUUCAUGCUUCUGUUUAUCUAGUUGCCUCAUAAAGACUAGACUUGUGUAAUUCAUAUUCAGUUACCCACAUCACAAAUGCUACCUAGAAAAACGUUAAUACACUGAUACACUUUUUUUAAUCAGGCUGAAAAGGAAAAGAUUGGUCCUCAGUUUCCUGCUUGCACUCUUAAUGUCCCACUGACAGCGGAUAAGCGUUCCAGCCACUGUGUUUGCUUACCCAUUGGCUACGAGCUUAAAAGUUUAGUAAGCGAGCAGGACAACUUGACAAAGGGGGAGGAAAGAAGCACUGAAUUAGCAGCUGGAGAGAUCAGAAGAAGAGAUGAUUAUGAAGUGGCUCCUCUGCCCUUUGGAAAAUACCGCAGUAAAUUGUUGCACUUCAAGUCAUACAGGUGAAACCUCAAACAUCGCAAUUAUUUCCCAAAUAAACAAACAGAUUAAGAUAGGCUAAAGCCAAGGUAAAAAGUCUCAUUUUCUAACGGCUGGAAUUUUUCUCCCUCAUUAGAUACGUGGUAUGGUUAUCUACAAACCGAAAUUUUUAAAUCUAUUUCAUGAUUAGACACUUACCUGCACUUGUGGGAAGAAACUGAAAAAAAUAUCACGAGGGGUUCAUAUACCUAUUGUAAAUUUGUUGUAAAACACCAGUGAAUUCCUAUUUACAGGUAUACGUUGCGUUGUUUGGAAAACUAUUUCGGGAUUAUUGUUAAUUGUGGUGGCAAUCACAAAGUUGCUUAUUUCUUGACCCUUAAAAUAAAAGUACGUUUGAAUGGUUUAGGUGCCCUUUGGAAUGUUAAAACUUGAUAAGCGGUAAAUUUUGUCUCCUGUACUUUUUAAUGGUGGAGAUGAAAAAAGUUGGUUUAGAGAGCAUACACACAUUUAAUUAAUGAGGAAAAAUUAUGUGUUGGGGCUUGUUCUGUCAAGCCGCUGACGAAAAAUUGACUGAGUUUUACUGAAGCGUCUUGUACGUUUUGAUACGAUAUUUGUAAGGGCCACCAAAGGGACAUGAACUACCAGCGGUCAAAACGAGGUUUUGUUUUUUCAGGUUGAGCCCGUAUUUCAGACUCAAAGAUGAACUUUCCCUUACUUCUUUAACAUUCUCCAAUAAAUUGGAUCCUACAUGGCCUCUUUGCAACUUUGACUUGCAAGGCAAAUGUAAUGACGAUGACUGUAAAUUCCAACACUUUGUCAAAUGCAAGAUGUCACAAGAAGAAAUACUUCAGGAUUUGGCGGCUUACAAUCCAAACCUCACUGCAGAUUUUAAAGAUGUGAAGGAGAUGCAAGAGAAUGUUGAAUCUUUUACAAAGGCUUUCGCAAAGCAAUAUCAAGACAAAAUGUCGUGGGACGAAAUUUGUAUUUUAUUGGUUAAUGAUGUGAGGAAGAGUAGGAAAGAAAAUGGACCUUUUAACAUCUGCCUUCAACCACGCACUUGGAAGCUUCAAAAGACUGAUAAGAAAAAGAUUGAAUAUGAAGAUGAAGCAGUAGUUUCUGAUAUAGGGAAGGGAAUAAAUUUUACCAACAGAGAUAAAGUUCACGGUGUAGCAUCCAAAAACAGCAAGUCUGUAGGACAUCAAUUGAGGGUUUCUGGUGAGGAAAGGUGAGUAACAGAUAGAUGUACUGUAUUUUGUUUUAAGGACAAACAGGUACACUUUAGUCAUUACAGGUAUGAGCAUGCUGUAGGUUUCAAUUAAUUCUGGUAAAACACCUGUUAAAAUCAAAUUUUAGUGCCUAAGGAAAGAGAGCAUCUUUACCCAAAAUGCAUUUGCAUAUACACUUUUACACCAUGUAUUUCAUGCAAAAAGGCCAGCCAACAUUUCUAGCUUUGGCUGGAAAAAGGUGUUUACCCCUUUUGGGGUUAUGACAGCGGAGAGCUCAUUUAGACAGGGACAUUUUCUUUGGGUUCUUAAACUUAAUGUAGCUUGGUCUGUCUAGGAAAUUUUGAUUAACCAUCAUCUUCCCUUUUGUAGUCAAGAAAUACGCUAUUUUUCGGAGGAGUACGACAACAUUGAAUCUCUAGAAACAUCGUUAGAAAAUUCUCCUGGUGAUGUGGCUCUAUGGCUCAAGUUAGCAAGGCUGAAACUUCAUCAAAGCAACAACACUGCUGAAGGGGAAGAGGAGGACACUUACAACAAUAAUGUUAUGCAGGCACUCAGUACACUUUCCAGAGGAUUGGAGGAAAAUAAUCAGUCAGAGGUAUGACAAUGAGCUUUAAUUGAUUAGUACGUACUUAAGAUCUGCCGUUAACCCUUUGAGCCCUAAGAGUGACUAGCAUCUAAUUUCUCCUUACAAUAUCAUACCUGAAUCAAACAUUACGUUAUCGAGAAUAAAGGAAAUGAUCACCAACUUAAGAGGCCCUUGCUUGUUAAACAAAUUCUCCUUGUCAGUGCCUUAGGAAAGUUAUAGAGAACAGUAUGGAAAAUAUGCACCUAACCAAAAGCAACCUGUAUAUUUUAUAGUACACUGUAAUUUGGACUGUGUGCACAUUCUGAGGUUACCUAACACAGGUAUUAAUAGUUAUUGUACAAAACUGAGACGGAGGCAGUCAACAAAAUAAUGCGACCUGUGAAAAUGACGGUGCAUAUGUGUGAUCAUGAAGGGCUCAUGCUUUGUUUUUUAAUGUGUUUCUGGUUUCCUGAUUUCAUUAUUUAUGUGAUUACAAUUGUACCUGCGUUUAUUUAGUGACAGCAUAGAAUUUACAACUUUGCCCUUUAAUUUUUUUAAUUUUGUAAUUUUAGACUACUGUGUUUUGUAAACAAUCAUCCAUAGUUCCUUUCUGCCCACGGAGUUUACAAGUAUUCACACGUGUGCAGAGAUUAGAAUAUGCUUAUCUACAUGUACUGAGUAUGUGUCAACAGUAAUUAGACUUCAAUGAGGCCUUUCUUCACAGCUCGGCAUCCUGGGUAAAACCCCACCUAAACAACAAUUACACAGGAAAUGAUUGCUUUCGGUUAUUUUUCUCGACUUUUCUGAUUGGACUGGAUUGUCAUCUGUUUUAUGGAAAGCAGUGAAAACUUUGCUCCAUAUGUCUUUGUUUUUCCUGCAGGAGUUAUGGUUAGAGUACUUGGAGUUAUAUUCUUCACAGAGCAGUAGAGAGGAGCUCAACGAGAUCUGUGACCAAGCUGUGGAGUUUUCUCCCACCUACAGUGUUUGGUGGAAGUAUUUGGAGUAUUCGCGAACGUACAUUGAUAAGAGGAAUGUUUGUAUACGUCUUAUCUCUUUUCUGACAUUGAAUCCCAUUGAUCCAGUGGAGCUUCGUUCUCACUUUAUCCUGGAAACAUUGCUUUACCUCGUUCAACUAGAACUCUAUUCUGGACAUUACGCGUCUGCUGUACUUGUGUUCAAAUCGGCUCUAACUAAGAAAACUCACGAUCAUGGUGAUGUUCCAGAAUUGUCCAGCUUUCUGUUGGCCUCAGACUAUUGUUGUGCUUGGUUAGGAUAUAUACAUGUGGUUGAAUUCCACCGUCUUCCUUCCUCAUGGUUUGAUCCUAGUCGUGGUGAACCUUCCAAGAUGGUGACAAAGGAAAACUUUGUUUUCCCGUGGAAACCAUCGCAGCAAUCGAGAGCCCCUGGAAAGAAGUUACGAGUGUUGUUUCAAGGUAGAAUAGUGUCCCUAUCCUGUAACCGUUUCCUUACGCCUAAGUGGUUGUCCGACGUAUCCUUAAAAAUGCGCGAUUCAGAAGAGAGACGGGAAUGCCAAAUGCCCCAGAAUAUCCAGAUCUUUGUAGUGAGAGGAUAAACUAUGCAUCGUUUCAAUAGUCCUCCACCUUGUCAUACACUUAUCCUGUACUUACAAAGAUAUUUCAAUGAACCCAGUUGAUAAUUAAAAAUGUAUGGAAGUAGUCAGAUCAGGUAGCCAUUAAUUUUCACCCGAACGGUGAAAUAAUUCCUGUACCGGAACCUGCCAAUAGUUAAGUUGUCACCCGUGUUGGAGAGGUAGCACGUAUUGUAGGAAUAUUUUCGACAAUUUUAAAAGUUGUAAAAUUGUUCUGAUCUAAGAGUUAAAUUCUGUGAGUAACAAUGCUUGCUAAUUUCUUUUCUCUUCCUUUACCAGAUGCAUUGAAAGCUUGUGGUGAAGUAGCAAAACCUCCCGUUGACAAAUUUGCCAUUUGCCUUCCACUUUACAAGAACCUCAUUGCUUUGGAGAGAGCAUAUGGAAGAGCUGACUCUGCCAGAGAAAUCUGUCGCCAUCUGCUAAAGGACCAUCCGACUUCAGUGGUGCUGUGGCAGUGUUUUGCAGCACUUGAAGACUCGCCGGAGAAGGGUGGACAUGCAGAACAGGUGUGCAUAGAGGCGCUGGAAAAGUGUGGAGCCAAUGCUGAGUUGUCUUACAGUGCAGCACGCUUUUACCUUCAGCAGGUCAGUCAACUGUCCAGAGUACUGUAACCUUUUGGUGCUUACAUAACCUGUGUCAAAUAUUAAACUAGACAAUUGCUGCAAGAUGAGCUCUCUCUGUGACUGACUCAUAACUGGGUGGUCCCCCACAGAUCCUUCUCUGAGUACACUAUCAUCUGUGACAGUGUGUGGUGUGUUUCCCUUCUAUUCCAAAUGUGAACAUAUUAGUUUGAAUUUCAUUCACUCUCUAUGAUCUCACUUGCUGCUAAGGCUUAGAUUAAAGGGUUCGGUGUCAACCUGCCAGGGUCAAGUUUAAGCACAAACUUCACCAGCUUUGAUAGUUUUUUUGUGGUUUUUGUUAUUGUUUUUAACGAAGAAGGUGUUUUUCUUGUUAGCUAUUAAAGAAUAAUUAGCCACGGACCCCUUUUUCUACUGCUUUACUUGCAUAAAAAUCCAGUUACGUUACCUUGGGAGAGAACGAGCCAGACCGAAGUGAUGUAAAAGCUUCUUUAGUGUUAAGGCGGUUUUUAGUGCUCUCCUAGCACGUAUGAAAUAUUAUGCCUGCGUGCUGAACGAUCGGUACAUGUAGUUUUAUUUAUAUUGGCUCUCACCUUGUUUUGAAAAACAAAAUCAACAGAACGAAGUCCAGAAGGCCGUAUCAGUUCUCAUCAAGAGUGUUCGUAACAAGUUUGCGGCGAAGAAAGAAUCACAAGGAUGCGAGGUACAAAGCUUGGCUGCUGUUUCUGCAGAGGACCAGGCUGGUGAUCCUGUUGCGUUGUAUCGUCGACUCCUAUCCCUACCCCUCCCUUAUGACUACAAGUGUCCACCUCUGUUGCCAGGAGUUGACCCACAAAGUCUGGGCAGAGAAAAGGUCUUUCUCUGGUUAUCUUAUUGGUAAGUUGUUGAAAUGCAUGCAAAUUGAGAACUGCCAUCUGAGCUCAGCGCAUUUUUAAAUUGAUCAUUGAAAGUUACAUGUAUCUGGAAUUGCACAGGUAUUGCGUCAUUUACUACUCUAUGGCUGGCAUAGGAAAUUGUCACCACUUCCUCGGCCAAUCAGAAGCAAAACUAAAACUAAUGGUGAUCUUUUUUAACUCGCGUUUCUCCCCACUAAUGCCCAUCAAAUAGAUCUACUCUUUGUAAAUAAUUGGCUCCCUAAGGCUUACGACUUGAUGUUCCCUUUCAAACUGCCAGCUUGUUACUAGAGAUUGCUCCUCCACCAAAUACUUCAUGGGGUAACUUAACUCCCGAGGCAGCAUUUGAAACUGCAGUGCAUAGCCCUCUACCCAGACAUGAUGUGCAGGUACUGUGGACUGAGUACCUGUUCUAUCAGAGAUCCAAAGCGUUACAUGACAGACACUCCAUGGACGAGUUGGUUAACAGAUGUUUAAUGUCUGUGAGUACCAGCAGUUCUCUGCCUCAUUCUUCAAGCGCUGUCUGGCGGGAUUACAGAUUUCACAAUCAGGUGAGUUCAUACUUUGAAAUACGUCUUUGAUGUACGUGCCUAUUUAGAUAAAUGAAUGUCGAAUAGUUUGUUUCAUGACCGCGACGUUUGGACAACUUAACCGCGAGUCUUCCGUAGGAAUUCUAUAUCUAAGGGAACCCUUAGGUACAAGCUCUACCGGACUUGUGAUGGUGGGAAUGUUAACAAUAGUAUAGGUAAACGUUCUCCUUAAUCUAGCUAAAAUGCGUUUAUAAAAUUUGAAUGGUCAGUUGGUCGGUCAGUUGUAGAAGACAGAACUUAAUAACGCGCUGUAUGAAAGGUAGUUGUUAUUGUUGCUACUAAUUUUGCAGAUAAUCAGUUUGUCUUUGAGCUGCCAUCCACAGUCAUCCUGGUCAUCCGUAUUUCAAAAUUACUUGAGGAUUUUUCCUGGGAAUGUUAUGUUAGCACUACGGUACGUAUAUCUAUGUAUAAUAAACAAACUUGCUAUUUAUGAACCAAAUUUUUCUUGGGAGCGCCCUUGAGGUUUAAACCAGGAACUAUAUUGUAAAUGUCUAUGCAUGUCGGAAUGCAUUGCCAUUAGUUUGAUUUUCGUUCAAAAAUGCGUUAAAGUUCUAUUUCCAGAAGAAAUAAACGCGCAGAAUUUCCUCACAAUUUUGAUAUAUAAUUCAACAAGCAUGUGCACAGAUGCACAGAUGCACUGACCAGACCAACCGACAAUAAACUACAUGCAGUCUAAAAUUUCAUGUGUGGCAGCAGGAAGGAUGAAUUACUCGCCUGAUUGUUCGAGUUAUGUUUUAUAUUGUUGUUUGUUAAUUUUUUCAGGGCUUGUCAGCAUGAGGUAGAGAGUAAAAAUUACGACCAAGCAAAAAGGAUCAGUGCAUCUUUCCUCUCAAGCAAUCCUUACAGUAUAAGCAUGUGGAAAGUGUACCAUUCGCAUCUGUUUAAUCUGCUUUAAAACGGAGAAUUUUUAUGAGCUUAUUGUUAGGAUUGUUAGGAACCACGGUAGAAAAAAGUAUUUUGCAUUCUCUGUCAAAUGUAGAACAUUGUUUGGGUUUCGUAGAUAGUUUUCCCCCCUUUUUUUUUUUUUUUCUUUGAAAGGACUGUACCAGGUAAUUUAUCAUAUAAACACAGAUUUAAAUGACUGUCUCUUCCUUCCAUUGUGUGUGUUUUUUUUCUCGUUUUUUUCCAUUACAACAGUGCCAUUUCCCUUGAGCUACAAAGGAAUUGUAAUAAGGAGGUAAGUCGUUUUAUCUAGUUGAGUACAUGUAUUUGAUCAGAAACCUUGUUCUAUUGCAAUUCCUGAAUUCCCAGGCAAUCUUCUUUUCCUUAGGACUACACGUUGUUUAGUAACGAGACGCCGUGUUUGCUUCCUACUGCAUUUAGGGAUUUCACCGUUCAGCUAAGAUUCACUGAAAUUUUAAGGCACUGUGGUCUAAAAUCGUGUGCACUCGAGCCAACUAGCCCAUCCAGCUGGAGCGUAGCCAUGUUAAGUAGCGACUACGAGUAACCUGCGAUGGACAAGCUUCCCAUCCAAGGAGAAUAGGAAAACUCUUAGUCGCUGCAUACGACAAAAACUUGGAUAGGCUCCGGCCGGCCACUUGGCUCGGGUAGAGACGUAGCCCUUCAUUGCUUUAUGCGACGUAAACUGUCCUAAAUGUGGACUUUUUGUUGGGUGAAAGUUUGCUUUCCUCAGUCGUCUGUGUUUUUUAGGCGCGCAAGAUGUACCAUCAGGCUGCAGAAAUUUUACCAUUUGCCGCAACUAUCUGGAAAGAUGUAAAGUUGACUUAAAGUUGUUUGCUCUUUGCUGUUUGUGGAUUGUUUGUGUGUAGUUUUCUCAGAGUUUGAAUUCAAGGUUUCAUUUUCCUCUUUUACUCUCACAGUUUUUGAUGUUUGAACUUGCCCGAGGUGGCGAUGGAUCUGCCGUCCAAGAGAUUCUAGCCAAGAGCCGACAAAUCGGUGUCAAAGUUGAGGAAUUUUUGAACACACUUUUGGGUAAAUGAGUGCUCGUGUUCUUUUCGAUAAAGGUGAUCGUUUGAAAACGAAACGAAAAAUCUUAGUUCAAGGAAAAUGUGGUAAACGUGACAAGGUGUACAGUUUUGUACCGGCUCCGUUUCGGACACCAUCAAGGUUAAAAAUGUAAAUGGACUGUCGUUUUUUAUUGUCGGGUUAAAUUUGGAUUUCAGUAAGCUGCAGAAAGGUAAGGUACAUGAUUUUCCCGCCACAACAGCAGGACUGAAAAACCAAAGGAAUCAUUUGAUUUAAGGCAAAGUAUUUGUUCACUCACGAUGAUUGUUAUUUAUAUAGUAGAAAAUUAUAUAUUUUUUGCAUUUUUUCAAAACUUUUCUAUAUGCAUUUUGGUUUCUAGAACAACCAGCUUUCGAAUAUGAUUUCAGGCAGGGAGGGUAUUUCUCAGACAAAGCCCGAACAAUGGCAGCUGUUACUACUAGUUGCCGCGAAUGAUAAUUUCAGGCGAUACAACUGUCUUCGGUAGCCAAUGAGUUGAUUAUCUUUUUGACAAAUCACCGUAUUUCUUAGUUAUAUUUUUAAUUUAUUAAAAGAAACAGGAACAGAUCGUUUUUGUAUUGAUUCGUUCGUCUUUGUCUAUGUUAUGCAUACGUGUUUUAUUUUCGUGUGUUUGUUGUGCAGGCCACCCAUGGCUUGUUACUGAGAAACUUGCUUUGUUUCGAGUGUCGUGAUCAUUUGUUCUCAUCCUUCGCCGGAUGUUUCAGUUUUGUUUCUUCUUUUGGUCCUAUGUUUUUGUUUCGCGUUUUAAACUUUAGAGGAGGCGAUGGUAGGUAGUCAGUCGGUCAAUCUGCUGGUCAGUUGGUGUGUCUGUCUGUCCGUCAGUUAGAGGAUCGUUCAUUCAGUCAGUCACUCGUCAGCCAACUUUCUAGCCUCUCUUCGUUCAGCCAUGCCGUUAGGCAGUAAGUCGGAGAGGCAGAUAGUCAGAUGAGUAGUCAGUCAGAUGAUUAGCCAGCCAGAUGGGUAAUCAGUCAGUGAAUCAGUCAGUCAUGCAGUCAAUGAGUCUGUCAGCCAGUCUGCUGGUGCGUUCUUCAGUCAUUGUAAGUUUUAAGAAGGAAGAUUACGCUAGUUCUUUAUCUCAUUUGGUGUCUUACUCAUGUCAAAGUUUACUUGUUUUUCACUUCACCGUUACAGACCUCUGUUUAUAUCGUGUUGUAUUAACUCGUAAAUUUCCCUUCCUUUUACCAUCCGAUUCUGCUCUACUACUCAAUCGAUCCUUCAUCACAAAGGGUAGCGUGUAUAUGUAAUGUUUUCUAGGGUGUUCAUGAGAAAAUGAGAGAGAGAGAGAAGGGAGACAGUUGUGUGACUGUUGGGUGUUUUGGCGUGUUGUUGCUUCGUUUUUCUCUGUAGGACUCUCGGAGCAGAUUAAUGAAGCUAAUGAGAACAAAGUUACGUUUACAAGACAGCCUACAUACACUGCAUACAGUGUGUGCUUCGAAGGCUAAUAUUGUAUGUGGAAUCGAGACCGAUUAAAAGAAUGGCUUACAUGCCUAACAGAGCAAGAAAAUGGAAACAAGACCUUUAACACCUUGAAGGGUACAAUUAUAGCCUUACCCUUAACGAGAUCGGAUUAAAACCUCGAAAUUCACCGAGGUUGCAAAGAAGACUUCUCAAACUUGGUGCUUUUCACACUGGUCCAUUUUUAGCGACGAGUGCAGAUGUAAUUUUGUAAGUGGGACAAACAAGCGUUUGGUCGAGGCAAAAGAGUUAUUUAUUGUAUAGUGCGUUCGUCGGUUAACCUUUCAACUCCCAAGUUCUGCUUUGAAAUUCUCCAUUCUAGCUGUUAUACUUUUUCAUGUGAAGUAGUUAAGAGAAUUACACCCUAAAUCUUCCUGUUCACAUUCACCUUUUGGAUGGUUAUGUAUUGACAUUUUAAGGAUAAGUUACAUUUUACACUUGUGGGAGCUGAAGGGUUAAGUACUUUGAAACUGAGAAAGAUUUGAAUGGGAUGGAAAACGAGAAAUAAGAAGAACAGGUGUAAGGAAAUGACAAUUUAGCUCCAAAGGCGUUACCACGGUUACACUAAGAAAUAGAAUAGUUACAAUGCGGUAUUGCCUCUAGAUUGCAAUAUAAGAGAAAAAAUGUAGGAAAGGGGCAUAAGCUUCCUUUCUGCCAACAUUUUUUUCGUAUUUACUGUUUGUUUGUUUCUCGUUUGCUUUUUAACUGGUACAGUUUCUGGGAUGAACUUCAUUUAAUAUUAAAACCUUUGUCAACUUUCUUUGCUUAUGUGAAGGAUGUACGAUAUUAAAAUCGUGAUAUGUGAAUAUGGUGCGUCUGAUAGAAUUCUCGCUUAUUUCAUCUGAGGUUCAUUGUGUUUUUUACUCAUUUUAAUUAAGGUUGACCACGUAACUCAUUCUACUAGAAGCAAAAAAAAAUACUAUUUUACUUUUAAAGUAUGCCUACUUUUCAAUAUUUCUGUUGCGUAAUUUUUUGUAUCACUUAAAUUUGUUAAUUAAAAAUGUUUGCAGU